GUUUAUCGCAGCUAUAUAUUGAGCCGCCGCUGCCUCAGUCCAUCAUUCCCCGCUCGGCUUCCCGGCACCACUACGCGCCACCGCCAAGAUUAGUGAGACAUCAUUUCUACGAUCCAGUUCAUCUGUGGAAGAAGUGACAUCACGGCCCUAGCUUCCGUUUGCUUGAUGCACAUCGCCCAGUGAACCAUGAAGUGCUGACUCGCCUACGCUGGCCAUGGAAGUGGAGCACGUCAAGGUGGCGAGCUACUCCCCUACUCAUCUUGGUGGAUUUUCAGCCAUUAGGGAAAAAGGAUGGUCUCUCAAAAGGAAUAGAAAGAACAUAAUGACGAAUGCGAGAGUGACAUUAGAUAAAGAAGGAAAUGAAACAAGGCCAGAUUGUGCAAUGGCAAGCAGAGUAGAGAUCUUUCAGACAAUGAAUAGCAGAGACGAGGGAGCCCGGAAUCAGAACUUGAAAAGAGUAUCCAGUUUUACAUACGGAUAUGCGGCGUCUCAGGAAGCACAAAGACCAAGCUGCGGUGUCCUCAAGCCUCAGGGGCACCGCAGUGCAGGCCACGCCAUCGGUAGGAGUGUGUCGUUCGCGUACAGAAAAAAGGAGACUUCGUCAGUCCUUUUGGAACACAAGGAGUCAUGCCUCUCUUUAUCUUCCUCAUCAGAAAGAGAUCUGUCGAAUUCUUUGAACGGCAACCUUUGUCGACACACCUGGACCACAGGCAGCGUUGGGAAAUAUUCUGAGAAUAAAAUCCCUGUAACCCUUCGAAACAAAAGGGAAAUUCAUCACUCAGCUGAAGGUAUCUCUUCGACUGACCGUAUAAGGCGGCGAAGUGCAGAGAUAUCUCAGCUGAGGUGCGCGUUACAGGAAAAAGUGAAGGCGCAGCAGUACCGCACUUAUUAUCAGAAUACCAGUUAUAGAAAGAGCUGGAGCGACUUUCCUCAAACUCCGGAACACUCAAGAAUCAGGAGUCGUCCCAAGAGUGCGUGUGGCUUUCUGCACACUGAUGAUUACUUCGAUACGGAACGCGAGCCUCUGAGUUCCCUAGAGUAUCGUAACAACAACAGAAACAUGCCAAGGUGGGGCAGUCCUCAGCAGCCAAGUAGAGUCACUUCCCCGCCAAGCUUCACCAGCGAGGAGCGGAAGCUGCAGUACCUCAUGAGAGAGCCACCAACUCCACCUCUCAGCUGCCAGGACCGUGCGGGUCCCUACCUGUGCCACAAGUGUUCAAGCCCAGUGAGGAUUAGACCAGAGGAGUACUACUGGUCCACGUGUGGGGAAGACGAGGACGCGCCCUCCCGCUACGUCACACCCACCACUUCCCCGGUCCACAAAGCGUCUCAUUGCAGGACUCAUUGCGAUAAUUUUAAACCCGGAACUUCAGAGAAUGACUCACCAGCCAAGCCGGUGCGGACAGCCGAUGGUCGGGUUAACUACUAUCCCAACUGUGAUCCCACGAUAUGGAUCCGCUCCUGCACCAAGGAGGUCAUCGAGCCACUGACGGGUGUCCAGAUUGGUGAGGUGCCGCGGUGGCUGUGCGGUGCUCUCAUCAGGAACGGGCCGGGACGCAUCCAGGUGGGGGAGGAUCAGUACAACCACGUGUUCGACGGAUCGGCUCUCCUGCAUAGGUUCCACUUCAAGGACGGGAAAGUGACGUACCAGAACAGGUUCUUACAGAGUCGCAGUUACUUGAGGGACACCCGAGCACAGCGUAUAGUCGUCAACUACUUCGGCACUCGAGCACACCCUGACCCCUGCAAGACCAUCCUGCAGAACAUCGCCAGCAAAUUCUCCCUGGAGGAACACUUCACGGAUAAUGCCCAGAUCAGCCUGUACCCGUAUGGAGACAGCCUAUACGCCCUCACCGAAACGCCUUUCAUAUUUCGCAUCGAUCCAGACACUCUAGCCACGCACGAGAAAGUGGAUCUGACGCGCCACAUCGCUAUCUUCACCCACACGGCCCACCCACAUGUGGACCGGGACGGCACUGUGUACAACCUGGGCCAGGGCGCGGGUCCUCUAGGGCCGAAAUAUCACAUAUGCAAGUUCCCCAAGACCAAGACAUCCUCAAAUGGGAAAGUUAAGACUCCAUUCGAGCAGGCCAAGGUGGUGGGCACGGUGGCGGCGCGUUGGAUGCUCAAUCCCUGCUACAUGCACUCCUUCGCCAUGACUGACAACUAUUGGGUCAUCAUCGAGCAGCCGCUGGUGGUGUCCGUGCCUAAGAUCCUCAAGGUGCUCGCCAAGCAGGACGCCCUCAUUGACGCCCUGCAGUGGUUUGAGAAGGAGACGAAGAUUCACGUAGUGCGUCGAGACACGGGCCGCGUCACCACCACGCAGUACGUCACCGAGACAUUCUUCUUCCUGCACACCAUCAAUGCCUAUGAGGACCGCGGCCACAUCGUGCUGGACAUUGCCGCCUACAAGGACGCGGAGAUGCUACACUGCAUGUUUGUGGAGGCGCUCAAGAACGCAGCGUACGAUCCCACGUACGCUCAGAUGUUUCGUGGACGUCCUAAGAGAUGGGUGUUGCCCCUCCAGCCUGACAGGGACGCCAACCAGCAUACGAAUCUGGUGACUCUUCCCGAUAGUCGGUGCCGCGGACGGUGGGUCAAGAAGGGCGUGGUGUACGUCACUCCGGAGCUACUGGCGGACAUCGGCUGUGAGGUGCCGCGAAUCUAUUAUGAGGAGUACAACGGACGCCACUACCAAUAUUUCUACGCUAUCUGCAGUGACGUGGACCACCCCAAGCCUGGCACUUCUGUCAGUCUCCGUCCGUCUUCGUCUAUCCAUCUGACUUGUCCUUCACCACCACAGCUGGUCAAGGUGGACGUGGUCAACAAGCAGCACUACGAAUGGAGUGAAGACAACGUGUAUCCAUCGGAGCCCAUCUUUGUACCCACACCGCACGGCAAGCGGGAGGAUGACGGAGUGGUGCUCUCUGCCCUGUUGCGCGCUCGAGGGCUGGACCGCCAAGUGUGCAUGCUGGUGCUGGACGCCUCUUCCUUCACCGAGCUGGCACGCGUCGAAUUCCUCGCUCCAGGACCCGUGCCCAAGUGCCUUCACGGGUGGUUUGUUCCUGAAGGCACCCUUACCGUCCACCGUCCUGAACAGACAGUCCAGGAAGACACUGACCUCCUUUCGUCGUAAUGUGCCGAAGUGAAAUGAGGUGAGAGACGGGGUAGUCACUCGGAUGUUUUGUGCUUGAAAGAUAAAAGCUUCUCAGAUUUGUUUGUGUGCUUAAUAGUGUUGUGUGUUUUAUUGUUUUACGUUCACUUGUGUGUGUGUGUGUGUGUCUUUUGAAGCAAACUGUUUUAUCUAUGUCUAUAAUGGAAUUAUCUGUACUAGUAUUAAAGUAAUAUUAACAAUCCAUUAUUUACCAUAGAAUAAUAUGAAUGUAGAUAUUAUAAACUAACCAGUGUGUUUCUUUA